AUGGAUGAGCAAGACUCGGCUGGACCUAAAGCAGGAAGAGGCCAUGCCAUUGAAGAUGGGAGCAGUGGGGAAUUAUGGGAAAACUCUGUGGGGAAGAUCCUGGGUGAGGAGGACACCCUCCACUCAGAUGUGCAUUGCCAGCAGCUCAGGCAGUUCUGCUGUCAGGAGGCCGAAGGACCCCGAGAGGUAUGCAGCCGACUCUACCACCUUGUCUGUCAGUGGCUGAAGCCAGAAAAGAACACAAAAGCUGAGAUGCUGGACCUGGUGAUCUUGGAGCAGUUCCUGGCUGUCCUUCCACCAGAGAUGGAGAGCUGGGUGAGGGAAUGUGGAGCAGAGACCAGUUCCCAGGCAGUGGCCCUGGCCGAAGGUUUCCUCCUUAGUCAGGCAGAGGAGAGAGAGGAGGCCGAGCAGCAGGUGAGAUAUAUUUUCCUCUGGGUUUUCAAAAGGGGCUCCAAAGCAGAGGGAGAGUAUCCCAAAAUGCAUUACCGAUGUCCGAUCCCUUUAUGGAUAGGAUCCAAGGAAUGAGAUCUGGUAAAGUGUUUAGCUCUGCAAAAUCCUUUUCUAAUCCUUCUCUCCAUUCUCUCUUUUGAAUCUCUGUUGCUCUUUCAGGGAAAGAAUCUGAUGGCAGAAAUGGGUCCUGAUUCCUCUGAGGCAGAGAGGACUCCGAUGGACACCAAGGAGAGACCACUAGGUAAGGAGGGAGUUAUUUCUCUCUUUGGUCACAUUGUGGGGAUUUAUAAACUACCGUAAUUUGUUGGUUCUUUUCUGCUGUCUGCAGUGGAGCUGCUGUCUCAGGAAGGGGGGGUGGAGAGCAGGUGGGGGCAUGGCUGGUGCGCAUCCUGGGGGCGUGGCACCCGGCGUGGAGGGGGGGUGCAUGGCGCAUGUCCGGAAGUGGCCGCGAUGGCACCCCACUGGCAUGGUGGUGCAGGGGGCGGUCCACUCCCCUGCCCUCUUGUCCUCCACCAGUGGAGGCUGUUGGGGCCAAGAACUCAAAGGAGCAGAGAUGUAUUUUUACACAACUAAGAUAUGAAUAUUUUAAAAUAUGAAUAUGAAUAUGGGCUCCAUGAUCACUGCAGAUGGUGACAGCAGUCACGAAAUUAAAAGACGUCUGCUCCUUGGGAGAAAGGCGAUGGUAAACCUAGACAGCAUCUUAAAAAGCAGAGACAUCACCUUACCAACAAAGGUCCGUAUAGUCAAAGCUCUGGUUUUCCCAGUAGUGAUGUAUGGAAGUGAGAGCUGGACCAUAAAGAAGGCUGAUCGCCGAAGAAUUGAUGCUUUUGAAUUAUGGUGCUGGAGGAGACUCUUGAGAGUCCCAUGGACUGCAAGAAGAUCAAACGCAUCCAUUCUUAAGGAAAUCAGCCCUGAGUGCUCACUGGAAGGACAGAUCGUGAAGCUGAGGCUCCAAUACUUUGGCCACCUCCUGAGAAGAGAAGACUCCCUGGAAAAGACCCUGAUGUUGGGAAAGAUGGAGGGCACAAGGAGAAGGGGACGACAGAGGACGAGAUGGUGGGACAGUGUUCUCGAAGCUACCAGCAUGAGUCUGACCAAACUGCGGGAGGCAGUGGAAGACAGGAGUGCCUGGCGUGCUCUGGUCCAUGGGGUCAUGAAGAGUCGGACACAACUAAACAACAACAACAAAAAUAUGAAAGGUGUACGAAUGUCAAACGGCACUCAAUAGGGUAGACUUCUUCAAAAGUCCAUCUGAAAUUAGAGAUGCAGUCCUGAACCUCAGAGAGAAGCAGGCAUUCAUGGCUUCCCACUUCCCUUUGUCUCUGGCAGGCGACCGGAUGAUGCCAGCAAGACCUCGUGCGUCUUUUCAUGGUGGAGAAGGGGAAGCAGCGGCUAUAGAAGCAGAUCAGGUAGGGGGCAUGAGACUUGUAGGGAGAGAGGCCGAGGGGUGGGGCAGCCAGAAUGCUUGGAAGAAAAAAAUGUGGAGUUCCACCCAUUUACACAAAGAUUAGGACCCAUCAUUAAAAUAAUAAAGUAAUUCCAGCGAGAUGUUAAAAUAAGCAUUCAUACCAUGUGGAGCAAAACAAUCCCAUUUAAACAACACAGCAAUUAACAGGCAGAAAACAACGGAGCAAUGUGUGGUAGAUCAUCUUUAUGGCGUCUAAGAGAAGGACAUUUCCCUUUUUCUUUUAGGGUCUGGUGUGCUUUGAGGAUGUCGCUGUUCAUUUCACGGACAAGGAGUUGGCAUUGCUGGAUCCUGACCAGAGAACUCUGCAUGAGGAGGUCAUGGAGGAGAAUCGUGGGCUCCUCAAAUCUCUGGGUAAGGCUCUCUGAGGAUCAUCAUAUCUGUUUUGAAAUUCCAUAUCUCUCUCCUUGCGAUGAAUCUGCAAGGUUUGGCUGGAACUCAGUAGCGCUACCUACACCACCUGGAAAUCUAACGCCCCCAGAAAUCACUUGGAAUGAAGGGCGAUUGGCGGUGUUGUCUGUGAAUAUCCAUCAGAGUGGGUAGGGAGGUUGAAGUAGCUUCUGCCAGAUUUGUGUUUUUGCUUCUGUUGAUUUUGGUUGACUAAAGAGAUAACUGACAAUGGAUACAGAGCAGAUUCCAUGAUUGCACCAAACAAAAUUAAUUGAAUCUCAGGUUCCCAUAAAUAUUUCAGCUAAUACCAGCCAACAAAGGCAGUGAACUCCAUUGUAAGAAUUCCCAUAGUAAGAAUUCUCUUUUUAUUCCUUUCUCUUAUCAUAUAAUUUAUUUUUUGUUAGAGCAUUUAUUAAUUUUCCAUUAAAAACACCCAAUUAACAUAUCAAAUCAUAAUCCAAUAAAAAUAAAAAAGAUCAAUUUGUCUUCCAAAUUGUUAUUUUGAUUUUAAGACUUCCCACAGUCUGAACCUCAGUCCUGCAUCUCAUCGAUAUUUUCAUAUCUCGAUUUUAUCUCUCUCAACGUCUUUGUCUCUGGCUCUGCGAUUCUCAAUCAUGUCAGAAAACAGAUAACCUUUCGUCCGUCGAGUGCAGAUUUGUUUGUGUAAUGUACCCUUUCAGCUGUUUUUUUUUACUCGCGCCACUUCAUCUCGCUCCAUCCAUUCCGGGCUUUUGUCCAGCUCUCUGAAGUUUAGUAUCUUGGCAGCUCCAAAUCAUUAAUCUUUCCUGUCCAGCUGUUGUCAAAACCUUCCUUUUAAGAUGUAUAAAUGCAGUAUCUUUCGCCUUAUUGGGUUGUUCUGAAGCAGAUUGUUUGCUGUAUUGUAAUAUAUCAGUCAUUUGGCGAUCGAUCAGCCUUCCUGGAAGCCACCCAGUCCCCCCUCCGGGCCCUAGAGGGGGGCUGCUAGACAUCCAUUUAGCCUUUUCUCUUGUUCAUAAUGGAAAAAAUCUUUUGCAAACAGCUGCACUGUAUAUUAUCCAAAAUAUUGUCUCAAACCGUUGUAGUCAGCCAACAAUUAAUUCCUAUUUCUCUUAAUCAGGGAGGGAUUUCAAAUUUUCGGUAACUACGUAAUAGGGGAGCGCCAUUUUAAUCUUUUGUUCUCCUCUUUAACAAACAUUUCUAGUCUUUAAAAAAAAAAAAAGCUGUGCAUGAGUCCCAAUUGUAAAUAGAAUUCCUUCUGCACUCAUUUUUUUUUAGAACAAUUUAAGUUCUUAAUGAGGCUUGACAUGAAAAACCAAUUGUUGAUCUUAAGAAAGGAGAAGAAGAAAAGCAUACCACUCACCUCUGCAAUCCACACACCAUGAUGAGGAUCUCUUUGAAGUCUGAGCUCGUACACCAGAGACAGCAUUCUGCAGGGGUUUUUUUACCAGCUUCUUCGAUUCAGACCAUGUCUGUUUGUUUUUCAAAUCUAUUUUUAUUCCCAAACAGAUGUGUCUGGCUAUAGGAGUGACAUCGGAGAGUGCCAGCCGUGACCGUGCUCUUUGACCCCGUGUCCUGUUGGCUGCACCUUAGUGCACCCUGGCAAUCUCGGACAAUCCAUGGGUCUUUGAGACAGUUCUCCCCUACCCUGGGGAGGCUGCCACGGCUAAUUAACCCCAUAUCAGCCCUGAAUUAUCGGCACAGCUGGGGUCCAAUCUUGUGGGAGUCAGCCAUUUCCCACCGCCGGAAACAGGAAGUCCUCUUAGCAUAUAAUUUCUUUAUGAAUGAAUAAUCUUUCAAUAACAUACUAAUAUUUAAAAAAUAUUUUUUUUUUCAUUGCAGGGGGUGAUGAAAUGGAAAUUAAUAACAAGGGGGACCAAGAAAGAAUCCACACCGUAGAGAAGCCAUAUAAAUACUCAGAUUGUCAAGAUAACUUUAGUCAGAGCUCCCAGACCACUUCUCAUCAAAUAAAUCCCAUUACGAAUAAACCCUAUCAGUGCUUGGAAUGUGGAAAAAAUUUCAUUAAGAGCAUUCAUCUCACUUCCCAUCAAAGAAUACAUACAGGGGAGAAACCUUAUCAGUGCUUGGAAUGUGGAAAGAGUUUCCGUCUGAGUAGUCAUCUUACUUCCCAUCAAAGAAUUCAUACAGGGGAGAAACCCUAUCGGUGCCUGGAAUGUGGAAAAAACUUCACUCAGAGCAUUCAUCUCACUUACCAUCAAAGAAUACAUACAGGGGAGAAACCUUAUCAGUGCUUGGAAUGUGGAAAGAGCUUCAGUCGGAGCACCUCUCUCUCUUACCAUCAAAGAAUUCAUACAGGGGAGAAACUCUAUCAGUGCUUGGAAUGUGGAAAAAACUUCACUCAGAGCAUUCAUCUCUCUUACCAUCAAAGAAUUCAUACAGGGGAGAAACUCUAUCAGUGCUUGGAAUGUGGAAAAAACUUCACUCAGAGCAUUCAUCUCACUUACCAUCAAAGAAAUCAUACAGGGGAGAAACCUUAUCAGUGUUUAGAAUGUGGAAAGAGCUUCAGUCACAAAACCAGUCUUCCUUCCCAUCAAAAAAUUCAUACAGGGGAGAAACCUUUUCAGUGCUUGCAGUGUGGGAAGACUUUCAGAAAGAGCUCAGAUCUCACUUCUCAUCAAAGAAUUCAUACAGGGGAGAAACCCUAUCAGUGCUUGGAAUGUGGAAAGAGCUUUAGUCAACGUUCACAUCUCACUUCCCAUAAAAGAAUUCAUACAGGGGAGAAACCCUAUCAGUGCUUGGAAUGUGGAAAGAGUUUCUGUCUGAAUGGUCAACUCACUUCCCAUCAAAGAAUUCAUACAGGGGAGAAACCCUAUCAGUGCUUGGAAUGUGGAAAGACCUUCCGUCACAGUAGCCCUCUCUCUUAUCAUCAAAGAGUUCAUACAGGACAGAAACCCUAUCAGUGCUUAUAA